UGACUUCACAACAAGUCUUGCGUCCUCGAACCUCAACUGAAUCGUCAUCUCUCAAAUAUCUCAUGGUGGAUGCAUCAUGGAUGGAUGGACGGAUGCUCCGCCUCAGCGAAUCGCUGUCGCCCGCAAAUGCUCCCUUCUCGCUCUUGAUUGGGUCUCCGCCCAAAAAAAAAACACAAACCUGCAGGGGGGGUCACAACAAAGAAAGAAAGCAAAGUCACGAGCCUGUCCGCGCGUUCAAAUGUUCCCAUCUUGCUCAUGUCGCAUCCCAAACCAUGUUGCACCUAGCUGCUGCCUGGCAAAUGCAGAACAAGAAACAAAAAUUUAAAUCAUUCCGCUGCUACUCCUGUGGAUUCGGCCUGGUCUGCCACAAUCAUCUCAAAUUCACCCUCGACUCUCGUAUCAGCCUCUUUGCCCGUCACGGAUCCUCUAAGCCUUGGCACAGUGCGGCUUCCCGUCCACAAUCCCACGUGUGAAUCGGACAUUUCUCACCCGUCCAGCUCCACGUUUCAGCAAGACAAAGCAACCAACCCAUGUCCGAACAUCGACGCCAAAUCUCAGCCACUACGGCCAUUUUUCCCGUCUAACCCCAGCCCUACUCCUCCCUCUCCGAUGCCCUCGCAUGCCCGCCAAAAAGCGAGAAUAAAGCCGUGACACACUCAACUGACAUCAACAUGGGUGCUUCCUGCACCACAUGAGCCCACGCUGUCAAGUACCAAAGAUUGUUGCGGGGUAUCCAAACAAAAACGCGAGCAGUGAUGCGAGGUAAAAGGCCCGAAGUAAAGGGGGAAAAACAAACACGCGCAUAAAGACGUUCGAACAAACCGGCUCCUUCUCUGACCUUGACGCGCAUCUGAGGGCGGCCCUGUUCGUCUUUCUUUUCGUCAAAGAGGCCAUGACCGUUACGAGCCUCGAGAAAUUCACGGCAGGCGUCAUCAUUGUCGAAGCUAAGCUCUUCCGUCAGGUAACGCAGUGCCACAGUCAUAUAUCUGGUCACUA